AUUGUUUUUAAAUAUUACUGGUAGACAUGGAAUCAGGACAAAUAUGUUAAAAUUGUAACUAUAGUCCGUAUCUAGGAGAAAACAUAAAGUACAAGGACUGAGUUCACAAAUUUUAUUUUCUGAGUGAAGAUCUUCGGACAAGACAACUAGAGAAACCCUAAAACUGUUCCAUCCUUUGUUCUUUGCUUUGGGGAUCAUGUGAAAAGGAGAUAAAGAUUGCUGCUUUAGAUUCGAGUUCCAGACAGAACAAUGUACGGAAGAUCAGGUCUUGACAGGUUUAAAAAGUCUCAAACUUCCGAACCCUUCUCGGUCUCCGCAAACCCCCCAGCGAAGCCGCCACUAGUUCAUCGUGUUCCCACGGAGGCGACGCCAUUGCCGUCGACGCCGCAAACUCAGAUCGGAGCGAGUCAGUCAACUUGGCAACCCCCGGAUUGGGCGAUUGAGCCACGCGCCGGUGUCUACUCUCUAGAAGUGGUGAAAGACGGCCAGAUCCUCGAUCGGAUUCAUCUCAAUAGACGGAGACACAUCUUCGGAAGACAGCAUCAGGCUUGCGACUUCGUGCUUGAUCAUCAGUCUGUUUCCCGUCAGCACGCCGUCGUGGUUCCCCACAAGAACGGCAGUAUCUUUGUGAUUGACUUGGGAUCAGCUCAUGGAACCUUUGUUGCAAACGAGAGGUUAACGAAAGACACUCCUGUAGAGCUUGAAGUGGGUCAAUCAUUACGUUUUGCUGCCUCCACUAGAAUCUACAUUCUGAGGAAAAACAGCGAGGCUCUCUUUACACGCCCUCCUCCUCCAUCUGAGAUCAAGCUUCCACCGCCUCCUGAUCCUUCUGACGAGGAAGCUGUUGUUGCGUACAAUACUUUGCUUAAUCGGUACGGUUUAAGCAAUGGAGAAUCUGGUUCUGUGCUGGGGAAAAGGAAAGAGAAGGGGGGAUCAGAAGGUGAGGUGGGAAAGAGGAGGAAGAAGCUGCGAGUUAGCUUUAGGGAUCAACUAGGAGGAGAGCUUGCUGAGGUUGUUGGGAUGUCUGAUGGAGCAGACGUGGAGACAGAGCCUGGUCCGAUUGGUGUCAAAGAAGGGAGCCUUGUUGGGAAAUAUGAAUCGCUGGUGCAAGUGACACUGAUACCCAAAGGCAAAGGGAAGGAAGAGAAAGCUUUUGCAGGGAGCAGAGGUGUGACUGAUAGACUACAGGAAGCGAUGAAGAAGUUAAAAGGAGGUCCAAAAGGAGGGAUUUACGAUGAUCUUUACAGUGGUGACUCACUUACCAAGGCGGUUGGUACUUCAUGGGCUUCUUCUGUGAGUGAACCAGCAGCUAAAGAUAAAGAAGAAACUAAACGUGGAGGUGUUGUUGAUGACGAAGAUGAUGAUAACGAUGAUCUGUUUGGUGACUGACUGAUUUUGAGCACGAGUUAUAAGCUACCCUUCUUCUUCUCUAAUGUGUACACUCAUUCCAGGGAAAUUGGUAAUGUUGUUUUUACUCUUUGUAUAUCCAAUGGCAGCAAGCAAGCAAGCAAUAGAGCACUAAGCCCAGGCCCAUUGUCUUGUGUUAUAAGUUAAAGAACCCUGAAGUUUUGAUAUGAGCCUGGUUAUUCUA